CGACCGCAGCGAAGCAGCCGGCGCUUCGCUCCCGCCGUUCCGUUCCGCGGGGUCGUUCCUAUGCUGCUGAUGAUGCUCGCUCGUCCACUCUCCUCCUGCGUGCACAUCCAUUUGAUCACUCUCUCGCUUGUUCUUCCCCUCACCGUGUGCAGGCUGUGAUUCUAGUCGUCUUAUUUUGUCUACUACCUAUUUUCUGUAUUCAGCCCAUCCACCCGCCUGCCUGCCUGUGGGGUGCUAUCAGUGCUGGUUCGCCUCAUCAAAUCCGUCUGCAGACGACAGCCUCAUAAGCAGAGCACCGUCCACCACCACCACCACCACCACCAGCCGUCAACGACAAACCCGCCUCCCACCCCGCGAACUUCUGCAUCCCGCUGCAGCGCACCAGCCAUCUGGGUGUGUGUGCGCGCGAGCCAGCUCCCAGCAGCCAUGGCCGACUUCUCGUGGCUCCGCAAGGUCGGUGCCACACCCGAGGCCGUCGCCGUCCUCAACGACCAGCCCCAGCUUUUCGUCACUCUCAUCCUCGUCCUCGUCGGCCUGGGCGUCCAGUGUGCCCUCAUCUGGUACAUCCACUUCGCCACCCUGAAGCCCGAGCAAAAGAAGAAGAAGAAGCCGGCCAAGGACAACGGCAAGGCUGCCCCCGCCAGAAGGUAAAAGGUGGCGCGACCGCACCUGCACGACUGCGCCCGUUCUGGAGGACCGAUCUCCUGUCUCGGGGCACCUUAUUGGAUUCUGUCGUGGCCCGCCUGUGGUAUUCAUGGCUUUCAAAUAGCGACCACAACCUUUUAUUUUGGCGUUGGGUGGACUAAACACUAGACACUACAUGAUUGACUCGUCUUGCUGGCAAGCGAUGACUGGGCGACAGCUAUUGUUUGUUGCACCUCUCCUGUUGCACUUAAUACAUUUGACAGAUUCCCACAA